AUGACGCCAACUCCACCAUCCACCAACUCCUCGACAGGAGUGCGCUCUCCUGAAGAGCAAUUCAGAGUAGUGCGCAAGCGGAACAGGGUGCCACUCAGUUGCUAUCCCUGCCGAACCAGAAAAUUGAAAUGUGACAGAGGUCACCCUUGCAGUAACUGCGUGAAACGUGAAGGCGCAGACGCUUCAUCAUGUUCUUAUGCCACACCCGCAUCUCGGAAAAAGAACCAAAAUCAAGCAAACACCAAUCCUGACGACAUGCAAAACCGCAUUGACCGCUUGGAAGGGCUAGUUCUGUCCCUUAUGCACGGCGGCGCAACGGUCGAUACCUCCUCUUCUGCUAGUAACACGGUAGGAACCUCUGGUACAGACCCAGUAUCGGCUUCAACGGUCGAUAGCACAUCGUCGGCCAGGAUGGAUCAGGACGACGACGGGGGAAUGCACGACGAAGGCGACGACGAGAGCGACAGUGAUGAUCUCGUGAGGUCUCUGGGCGUCCUUAAGGUCGAUGCCGACCGAGGCAAGUCCAUGUAUAUCGGGCAGGAGCAUUGGCACACCAUCCUCGCCGAUAUUGCUGAAGUGAGACAAUACUUUAUCAACCACAAGAAAGACCUGGAGUCGAGCUAUGAGAAGGUACUUCGGAGUAAACCAGCAACGGCUCGGGAAGCUCCAACCUUCCUCAUCGGAUCAACUCCUGCCACAGAGGUUGAGCUCAGAGCAGAGCUCCCUCCAAAAUCCAGUGUUCUUACUCUCUGUGGGCGGUAUUUCAACUCGAUGGAUAACGCCGUCAAUAUCAUUCACGCCCCGACCUUCCACUCACAGCUUCGCAAACAUUGGCAAGAUCCUUCCAAAACACCGAUCAUGUGGCUUGGACUGCUUUACUCGGUCCUGUGUUUGGCGAUGCUCAGUUAUCACAAGGUCGGAGAUGAGCCCCCAGAGUGGAAGGGGCGAUCCCUCGAGCUGGCGGCACUGUACCGGCUCAGGACAGUACAAUGUCUUACCGCGGCUGAUUACACCAAGCCUGUUGAGUAUACUGUCGAGACGAUGCUGCUUUAUACCUUUGGCGAGUAUUCCUCGCGGUGGGAUGCCGAUCUCGGCCUCUGGCUGAUCUGCUCCCUUAUCACGAGAGUAGCGUUCAGAAUGGGGUACCACAGAGAUGCGAAAUGGUUCCCUUCUUUGACGCCUUUCCAGGCUGAAAUGAGGAGGAGAACAUGGGCUCUGGUACGAAUGAGCGAUGUGAUAUUCUCUCAUCAAGUGUCUUUGCCAAACAUGAUAUAUGAUCAUGACUGCGACACCGAGCUCCCGCACAAUAUUUUCGAUGAAGAAUUCGGGCCAGACACCAAGGUGUUGCCGAAAUCCCGGCCGAACUCGGAACCUACACCUAUCGGAUACAUGAUUGCCAAGGUCAGGCUUUGUCUGGAGCUAGGCAACAUUCUCCAGGCUACAAGCCGUGUUAGGAAUCAGGUACAUUACGACGAGAUUUUGCGGUUCGACAGCAGACUCUCAGAACUCGAGGCUGAGAUGCCUCCCCAUUUGAAGUUGCAUCAGCCUGACAGCUCAAACGACCCGCUGACUCUCAUCAUUGCUCGGUAUAACAUCGACAUUCUGUACCAGAAGAUUCUCUGUCUGCUUCACAGGAAAUACAUGACGCGCGCUCAGCAGAACCCCCGAUACGCCCAUUCACGCCGGAGGUCUAUCGAGGCUUCUCUGGAGAUGUUGCGACAUCUGAAUACGCUUCAUAAAGAGUCCCAAGGCAAUGGACGGUUGCGAUCGAUCAAGUGGUACGUGACUUCUAUCGCCACGAAGGACUUCCUUUUGCCGGCCAUGAUUGUCUCUCUCGAACUGCAUUUCCACAAUGUGGCCGAGAAGAAGGGAGGGCGCCAGGACUCUCAGGUCCUGUACUUCUGGACACCGGAACAGCGUGAGGAGAUGGUCAGUUGCCUCGAGUCUACACGUGACAUAUGGGAGGGUCUGCGUGAUGGCUCGAUCGAAGCCUUCAAGGCGUACAACAUCCUCAAAAUCGUCCUGGAGAAGAUCCAGGCCAAAUCCACUAGCCCCGAGAACGCGCAGGAACAACCGAACGUCCCCAUGAGGGAUGACAUGUUUGGUGGUCUCGGAGGUAUGCGUGAGGUGCCGGAUCAGAAUGCAGCAGCUGCUUUGGGCAUGGCGCAGGGUGCUCUGACGCCAAAUACGGCCGCGCUGUUUGGUACUGUUCAGAGCCCAGGAGGAACGUCAUAUCCUGCCAUCGACCCGGCUCUCGGACCAGCGAUGGAGGGAACUGGCACCGGCAUGACGCCAGACUUCCAGGGCGACUUGAUGUCUGGCAUGAACAACCCAGGCUCGCCUUUCUCGAUGUUCAACAAUAUGAACGAUGGCAUGGACUUUACGCAGAAUUUCGACUGGGAUACUCUACAAAACUAUGCACAGUCGGGCAAUUUCGGCACCGAUCAGUCGUUCCAGUUCUUCUCUGGUAACACGGACCUAACCCAGGCCCCGGGUUCCACAGACAGCGGAAGCGGAUUCGCAUACACACCGCCAAGCGCAAACGGCUCUGGGUCAGGUCCCAGCACGGGGCCCAGUGGGAACGGGAUGUGA